AAACCCUCCAGCAGCCAAGUGUCCGGCCAGAGUGUCAGCGAGCAGCACAGGCCACCACUUCGCCACCAGCUCAUGGAGCCCCCGGCACUCCUCCUGUUCCUCAGCCUCUGCUCAGCUGGCCUGGUCCUGGGCUCCGAACAUGAGACCCGUCUGGUGGCAAAGCUCUUUGAAGAUUACAACAGCGUGGUGCGGCCCGUGGAAGACCACCGCCAGGCCGUGGAGGUCACAGUGGGCCUGCAGCUGAUACAGCUCAUCAACGUGGAUGAAGUAAAUCAGAUCGUGACAACCAAUGUUCGUCUGAAACAGCAAUGGGUGGAUUACAACCUAAAAUGGAAUCCGGACGACUACGGUGGCGUGAAAAAAAUUCACAUUCCUUCGGAAAAGAUCUGGCACCCAGACUUCGUGCUUUAUAACAAUGCAGAUGGUGACUUUGCCAUUGUCAAGUUCACCAAAGUGCUCCUGGACUACACUGGCCACAUCACGUGGACACCGCCUGCCAUCUUUAAAAGCUAUUGUGAGAUCAUUGUCACCCACUUUCCAUUUGAUGAACAGAACUGCAGCAUGAAAUUGGGCACAUGGACCUACGAUGGUUCCGUGGUGGCCAUCAACCCGGAAAGCGAUCAGCCAGACCUGAGCAACUUCAUGGAGAGUGGGGAAUGGGUGAUCAAGGAGUCCCGGGGCUGGAAGCACCGCGUGCUCUACGCCUGCUGCCCCUCCACCCCCUACCUGGACAUCACCUACCACUUCGUCAUGCAGCGCCUGCCCCUCUACUUUAUCGUCAAUGUCAUCAUCCCCUGCCUGCUCUUCUCCUUCUUGACCGGCCUGGUGUUCUACCUGCCCACGGACUCAGGGGAGAAGAUGACCCUGAGCAUCUCGGUCCUGCUGUCCUUGACCGUGUUCCUUCUGGUCAUCGUGGAGCUGAUCCCAUCCACCUCCAGCGCCGUGCCCCUGAUUGGGAAGUACAUGCUGUUCACCAUGGUCUUUGUCAUCGCAUCCAUCAUCAUCACUGUCAUUGUCAUCAACACGCACCACCGCUCCCCCAGCACCCACGUCAUGCCCGAGUGGGUGCGGAAGGUUUUUAUUGAUACCAUCCCAAAUAUCAUGUUCUUCUCCACGAUGAAAAGACCAUCCAGAGAAAAACAAGACAAAAAGAUUUUCACAGAAGACAUUGAUAUUUCUGACAUCUCUGGGAAGCCAGGGCCUCCACCCAUGGGUUUCCACUCUCCUCUGAUCAAACACCCCGAGGUGAAAAGUGCCAUCGAGGGCAUCAAAUACAUCGCAGAGACCAUGAAGUCAGACCAGGAGUCCAACAACGCGGCCGAGGAAUGGAAGUACGUUGCAAUGGUGAUGGACCACAUUCUCCUCGGGGUCUUCAUGCUCGUCUGCAUCAUCGGAACCCUGGCUGUGUUUGCAGGUCGGCUCAUUGAAUUAAAUCAGCAGGGAUGAGCGGAAAGCUGCGCUGAGAUCUGUCUACUUGGAUACACACUCACUUAUCAAAUAUUUAAUUUUCUGUAUUUAUUAUUCAUGACAGAGAUUUAUGUUUACAUAAGGUUAUGGCCUCAAAGUGUUUUCACAUCGCUUCUCCCUGCACUCCUGCUGGGCUGCCUGGAGAGUGAACUCCUUGCAGUAAAUGAAAAUGGAUGGCUGUAAGAAGUGUUCAUUUCCAGGAGUGUCUGGAAGUUUGGCCCAGAAUAAUUGAGGUUUUCUGUUGGUUUGAGUUUUUUUUUUUUUAAUAUUAUUUUAAGCAAAGAGUAUAGCCUUGAUUUAAAAGUCAGUUUUAUACCUACUAAAAAAGCCCCAUCUACUAAAUCCCAAAAAGAUAAAGUCUUUGACUUGGAGAGAAAGAAAGCAAUAGAAAGACAAGAGGAAAAUUCUGGAAUGGCUCCCCAAAUGCAAGCUGCCUCAAAAAACUCAUGAUUUAAGGCAGAAUUGAGAGGUGAGGGAAUUGAGAGGUGAGGGAAUGACUUCCUGUCUAACGCAGCACCUGAGUUUGAUGCCAGUGGUUUGAGGGGAAGGAGGUCCCAACCUGUACUGCGUGUGGGGGCCAGGCACUGUGGGCAUCCUCUCACGCAUGUGGUUUUAUUCACCCUCAUAAAUCUUAAAAGUGUCUCCAUUUUACAAAUGAGAAAAUGGAACUUGGGGGAGGUUAAGUUUAUUGCCCAAACUACCAAGUAGAAUUGACAUUUGAGCCCAAACCUUGUGGGUUCAAAGCAGCUCUGGGCUGGGUCAGUCCAUCUGCUCACUUGCCCUUUGGAUCCACCCUGGCUCCAUCUGGGCCAUUUGGUGACCCUGCUCAGUGUUUUUGAGAGGGUCGGUCUUUGUGUCCGCGUUCUCACUGCCUACCCAAUUAAACUACCUGCCUCUUCCCCCAGUCCAUAUCCCAGUCCUCUUUGGGGUUCCUGUUCUAUACAUGAAAUCAGAACUGUGUGUCUAGUAGUUCCUGUCAUGGUGCAGCGGAAAUGAAUCUGACUAGGAACCAUGAGG